AUUCGACUCCACUCCCUCGUUCCAGAGAGAGAAACCACAUUAAUCCAGAGAGAGAAAGCUAGCUUGAGCUCUCGGCUCCACAACUAUGGUGCUCUCAUUGAGGUUAUCCUACGUUCUUUGCAUGCUUUUGCUGCUUUCUAGUGCCAAAGCUGUGGUGCUAGUUGAUGAGGAGCAUCCACAAUCGAGCGAUGAAAGAACGACGCCGUUGGAGAGCUUAAGCAACACGACAAUGGCAGUCCAUAAGCAUGAGCAUGCAGUGGAAGAUCCUGAAGCAAUAGCAACCAUGGUGAACAUGGCAAUUAAGAAUAGCACUGAAAGGAGGAAGCUGGGAUUUUUUUCAUGUGGUACAGGGAACCCUAUUGAUGAUUGCUGGCGCUGUGACCAGAAUUGGGCACGUAACCGUAAGCGCCUUGCCAACUGUGCCAUUGGCUUCGGACGCAGUGCUGUUGGUGGCCGUGAUGGCAAGUACUAUGUUGUCACAGACCCGAAUGAUGAUGACCCUGUGAACCCGAGACCAGGAACUCUGCGUCAUGCUGUGAUCCAAGACAAGCCUUUAUGGAUUGUCUUCAAACGCAGCAUGGUGAUCACGCUAAAACAAGAGCUAAUUAUGAACAGCUUCAAAACUAUUGAUGCCCGAGGACACUCUGUCCAUAUUGCAAACGGCGCUUGCAUUACUAUUCAGUUUGUCACAAAUAUUAUUAUACAUGGACUUAACAUCCAUGAUUGUAAACCGACUGGCAAUGCCAUGGUUCGAAGCUCACCAAGUCAUUACGGUUGGAGGACAAUGGCUGAUGGUGAUGCUAUCUCCAUUUUCGGAUCCAGCCACAUUUGGAUUGAUCACAAUUCCCUCUCCAACUGUGCUGAUGGCCUAGUCGAUGCUAUAAUGGGAUCGACUGCAAUUACAAUUUCUAACAACUACUUCACUCACCACAAUGAGGUGAUGCUGUUAGGCCACAGUGACACCUACGCAAGAGACAAGGUCAUGCAGGUCACAAUUGCUUACAACCAUUUCGGAGAGGGCCUUAUGCAGAGAAUGCCAAGGUGCAGGCACGGAUACUUUCAUGUGGUAAACAAUGACUAUACCCACUGGGAAAUGUAUGCCAUUGGAGGCAGUGCUGAUCCUACAAUAAACAGCCAGGGAAACAGAUAUCUUGCCCCCUCAAACCCUUUUGCUAAGGAGGUGACCAAGAGAGUUGAUCAAAAUGCGCACAGAUGGAGGCACUGGAAUUGGAGAUCAGAAGGUGACCUGAUGCUCAACGGAGCUUAUUUUACUCCAUCUGGUGCUGGAGCUUCAGCCAGCUACGCCAGGGCCUCAAGUCUGGGCGCAAAGUCCUCUUCCUUGGUCGGAUCUCUUACCUCUAAUGCUGGUGCUCUUACCUGUCGUAGAGGCCGCCAAUGUUAACACCAAGCCCAAACAUCUGUCAAAAGAAAACCACAAAAUUACCAUUACAAAAAAAAAUGAUGAUAACAGAUUACGGUUUUCCUUUACCCUAUACAUUACGAUACAGCAACAUCCAAGUCAGUACAAGUCCAGUAGCUCAGGUCAGUAUCAGCCAAGUCUCUUCAUUUGGUAAAUGUACACAUCAUUUUACUAAGUAUUUACACCAUUGUUCCCCGCGAUCAACCUCUGGCCUGCUUCAACGGAUAAUUUGCAAUACAAGGAGCAGGCACAGAAGCGUUGUUCCUCCACUUCUCUUGAUUGUUUAUCAUCUUGAAAUCGGUUACUUCUUAUCAGAUUAAUCCUUCUGUUAAACGAAGAAAAUUUUCAUUUGUAGACGCGAUUCGGAGUUCAGGGCUCAGACCCUUCAAUUGAAAUGUAAUUAUGAUUUUACUAGCUUA